AUGAUCAAGGCCGCGAAGAAGUACGGGGUACGGUGUGACUCUGCGAACCCCUCCAUUGCCCUGCGCAAGCAGAUGCCGCUGUGGUAUCACAUCGGGCGAGAAGCAAGCCGAGUCUCGGAGAAUACGGAAAGCAGCCGGUGCCUCCGCGAAGCCCACCGAGUCCGAACGGUCCAGCAGGGUGAGCAAGCUGCAGCCCGACUCUCGGCGCGGGACAAUGCCCACGUGGCACGGGCGAGCUGCGAGUGUGGGGACUGCGACCGGGACCGGAGCCUAUAUGGGUGCGACAACCCACACAGAUGUGCGGCAACGGCGGCGAAGAUUCUGAACAGAGUGGGUGAAAAAUGGAAACUAGUGCGCGAGGAGAACCGGGAUGGCCUCACCCUGACCCCUGGCAGACGCAGAGAGAACGACUCGGCACGGCUAUCGCACGACCGUGUCCUUUUUGACCCGACCUUAUCAACGAACGCGCCGCUCGCAGAAGUCUUCCGGGUGUUUGUCCCACCCACGGCGAAAGAUACGAGGACUGCCCUCCGCCUUCCCCGCCCCUUCCAACUGACGGCGGAGGCAGUCGAAGUCUUCACAGAUGGAUCGGCGCAAGGAGGGGACCGAGGGACUGCUGUGGCUGGAAGCGGCGUGUGGUUUGGCGAAGGAGAUGUGAGGAAUAGUGGAGAACGUGUCCCCCACGAUGCGCAAACGAACCAGAUUGCAGAGAUUCACGCUGUCACCAUGGCCCACCGCCUGACACCGCCCUUCGCACCGCUGCAUGUUGUCAGUGAU